AUGAGAGUGCUUGGUGGUAAACAUGUGAUAAGUAAAAAGCCUCAAAUCAGUGCUGGCACAUUUCAAAAAAUGUUCAAUUUAUUACAAAUAUCAUUCAACGUCACUGCUUUAAUUUCAUUGCCAAUUUUUUUCACUGCUGCCGCGCUUCAAUUUCGAAUUUUUUUAUACUUUGCGCCUAAAUCUCCGCUUUUGCAUUUCCAGUUUUUGCCGCAUUUUUGUUGUGUCGUUGAACUAACAAGAGCUGUCGCGUUUGUGAUGAUUAGAAAUUCAAGACAGCAAAAGUGA